AUGCCACAGCCCCAUCACACUGCGCAACACCAACACCAACACACGGCCAGCUCGCACCUCGCCACCUUCCUCUUCGCCUCUGUGUUUCUGCUCGCGCUGUUCCCGGGCGUCUUUGUAUCUAUUUUCUGGGCGCCGUAUAACGCGCUUGCGAGUUACCUUGUGCCGACCCCCGCGCCGCGCAAGAGUGUCGUGUGUACGAGUCCGAACGUGUGUUUCUGCGCCGAUAAUGUCGUGAAAACUCUCACACUACCCUCCCGCUCCCGCGGCUGCUACCUCAUCACCGACCAUAUUCUCAAGGAAGUCCCGGAAAUCAAGCAGUACAAGACGGGGCUGCUCAAUCUCUUCAUCCAGCACACGUCGUGCGCGCUGUCGCUCAACGAAAACUUCGACGAGGAUGUGCGCGCUGACAUGGGCACGGCGCUGAACCGCAUUGUGCCCGAGGACAAAAAGGGCCAGGGCUUGUAUCGGCACGAUGCAGAGGGCAGCGAUGACAUGCCUGCACACGUCAAGUCGGCCCUCAUUGGCGCCAGUGUCACGGUCCCCAUUACCAAUGGGAGACUCAAUACCGGCACCUGGCAGGGUAUCUGGUAUCUGGAGUUUAGGGACUCGAAGCAUACGCGCAAGGUGGUUGCCACGAUUCAGGGCGAGAAGAUGUGA